AUGUCUACCUCAGCGCCCAUCGUCAAGCAGCUCCACACGGGCCUCCAGACCCUGCCGCAGGAAAUCUACGACAAGAUCUACACCCUCACAUUCGCCUACGACGCCGAGGAGGAAGCUUGCAUCAUCACCCAGGACUACAAGCCGCCCUUCCAGCUCCAGAUCGACCGCAAGACCCGUGCGGCAUUCAUCAAGAAGUACUACGGCCGCGCCGCACCAUUCUGUAUCCAAGCGUACGGCAAGUCGGAUCCCAAGCUGGGCACCUUCACGACCAAUCUGCAAUUGGCGAUCUACCGCCAGCCACUCAAACUCUGGCUCGAAUCUCUAGGCGACGAUGCCUUGGGCGAGGUCCUUAAGAGGGGCAAGGGUACUAGUCACGACACGCAACGUGGACUGCUGGGUACGCUCGACUUCAUCGGCAUAGGAGAGCGGGCGUACCUCUAUAGGGCGUACUACCGUCGAGUGUCUAAGCUGUUCAGAGCCGACUAUCUCGAGCUGGGCAGAGUCUUCGACGGCGACAGCGGUGGCCCUGGAGGGUCUGCCGCAGGCACUGCGCGCGGGAAUGCUAGGCGUUGA